UAUGGAGCUAAUGCUUGUCCCAAUUACGGUGUCUCGUACCCUUCCGGCGCGUUUGAAUAAAUUGCGACCUCAUCCUGCUUUCGACGCCUUUUCGUAAAACUCGCUUGUCGAUUAAACACUGGCGCUUAGGACUUGCCAUUAGACAACAGCUGUAUGUUCGGUUUACGGGUGCAGAGGCAAAAGAAAGCAGACAAUAAUCUUUCGGCGAGUUUAUUUUUUAAUUUUAUUUUGUGCAAUCAAAAACCGGCCUCAUAAGAUCCACCACAUGUGCCAGGAAACUGACUGUCACAAAAACAGGAAUUCGCAGAGGUCACAGGCACAAACUUUUUGUUUCAUUGCUCGUUGUUAACUCAGCCUGACUAAAGCGCAAAAAAAAGUAUACUACAAAAAGGUGUGUAUAGCUUUUGUGCGCAGAUCACAACCAGUGCGUCCGAUUAGCAUACGGUCGUAAGUGCUAUCGAACAACCGAUUCAGAAACCUGAACUCGAGACUUUGCCAGUCGUUAUUGCCUAUAUGUUUGGACAUGGCCGCCGCUGAUUUCUCGCUCAUGGUGAACAAAAUGGUGGAGGACCACUCCAAAGAACUCUGGGAGCUGAGUCGCUUCUUGUUCGAGAACCCCGAGUUGGCCUUGGAAGAAGUGAAAGCCCACGACAAGCUGUGCGAGUUCCUGGAACAGAAAGGUUUUACCGUACAGCGGGAGUACUGCUUGGAGACUGCCUUCAGGGCGGAAUUCGACGCUCCAGCGGGAUCAGACGGGCCGUGCGUGGCGUUGCUCUGCGAGUACGACGCCCUUCCAGAAAUCGGUCAUGGCUGUGGGCACAACCUGAUUGCCGAAGCAUCGGUGGGCGCAGCUCUCGCUGUGCAGGAGGCAAUGAAGACGUCCAAGGACAUACGUGGCAGGCUGGUGGUCCUAGGCACGCCAGGUGAGGAAGGCAAAGGCGGCAAGCAGUUGCUCAUCGACCAGGGUGCGCUGGAGGGCAUCGACGUGGCCAUCAUGUCGCACCCGUCGCCAGCCGAUAUCGUCACGCCUCUUUUCUCAGCGUCGCAAGCGCUCGAAGUGUGCUUCAAGGGCAAGCCUGCUCACGCGGCAGCUUACCCAUGGGAAGGCGUAAACGCCCUGGAUGCCGCCAUUGCUUCCUUCGUCAACAUUGGUCUUCUCCGCCAGCAGUGCAAGCCAUCUUCGUGGAUUCAAGGUGUCAUCACGGAAGGCGGCAGGUACGCCAGCAUCAUUCCGGAAAAAACAGAUCUCCAAUUCUGCGUGCGCUCCGAUUCUAACUCGGAGCUGCUGUCUCUCCGGGACCGGGUGGAGGCCUGCUUCAGGGGCGCGGCCGAGGCCACUGGCUGCGCGGUGAGCAUCCGAAGGGAGGCCUUUUACAUGGACGUUAUCCAGAACGGCGCCAUCGCCGCGUCCUACCGGAAGCACGGCCACUCUCUCGGGCUUUCCUUCAUCGACGACUACGUGAAAAAGCUACCGGUCAGUGGCGCUUGCACAGACUGCGGCAACGUGUCCCAUCGCGUGCCCACAUUGCACGCCGUGUACACAGUUGGGUCCGGGCACGUGCGGGGAGCGGCGAACCACACGCGCGAGUUCGCAACCCUGGCCGGAUCCGAGGAAGCCCAGCCGCCGACUCUGAGGACGGCCAAGGUGCUGGCACUGACCGUGCUUGACCUGCUGACGAACGCGGAGCUGAUGCGCAAAGCGCGGGCCGAAUUCGACGCUCUGCAGCUUCAGACGGAUGCGCAGAUAGAAACGAUGACACGCUGAAUAAAAAUUUGCACGGUCCCUUA